AUGUCUUUCUGCCUCACUGAGCUGUACCUGUGGUCUUUAAAGAAUUCCUUGCAUGUUGGAGAAGAAGAUCUUGGUGUAUACCAGUAUCAUGAAAAGAAAGAAUCAGCCCAAUUCCCAGAUUAUGGAUAUGCGGAAGAGAAGCAGCAGUUUGUCGAAUCACGCGGCUUCCCCUGGAUUCUGAAGAACAAGCGUCCCGAGAAGCUUCGAGACAAUCUCACGGAGCUUGAGGAACUGAUGCAGAGCACUGAGUGUGUGCUGAGCAAAUGGAAGAACAAAUAUGUCUGUCAGCUCCUGUUUGGUUCAGGUGUGCUCGUGUCCUUAAGCCUUUCAGGGCCACAGCUGGAGAAGGUAGUGAUUGACAGGACCCUGGUGGGGAAGCUCAUCUCAAACCCCAUCAGUGAUGCUGUAUUUACAGACGGUUUCAUCAUCUUGUCAUUUGUUAAGGAAAGCAAACUUUGUCUCAUCCAGUUCACAAAGAAAACAGGUUCUCCUGAUAUUAACAAGCAUUUGGAAAAACUUUCAUCCCAGGACUUGAAGAUUUCAUAUAUUGACCUACCUGGACCAUUAGGUAGACACCUGAAUCGUCAUCUUGCUCUCAACUGUAUGCAGGACCUUGCCAUUUGCUGGUGGCCGGUACCCGUCGAUGACAUUUGGCCCUGGUCUCCAGUGUCAAGUGACAAAGACCGGGCCAACCUAGUCCUUUUAGGAUGUACAGCCAACAGACUUGAGAUUCUGAGUUACAUCCGUACAGAACGAGAUCUGCUUGAUGCUUCCUUUAGCAUUCAUCAACCUUAUCAUGUGCAUACGUUGGAGCACGCCAUUAAUUCAGACAAAGAGCCUAUGGCUGACAGCUGCAUCUAUGAAUGUGUUCGGCAUAAGAUUCAGUGUCUCUCAGUAACCAGAAUUCCUCUAAGGUCGAAGGUUAUAAGCUGCUCUAGAAACAUUUCUGAAGACCAACUGGUGCUUGGUUGUGAGGAUUCAUCAUUAAUUCUAUAUGAUGCCCAUCGAAGAGUGACUCUUCUAGCCCAGGCGGAAAUACUACCUGUGCUUAUAAGGUGGCACCCUAGUGGAUCUAUAUUCGUGGUUAGCAGCAAUCAAGGAGAACUCCAGAUCUUUGACAUGGCACUUUCACCACUUAAAAUUCAGCUUGUUUCAGAGGACACUGCUCCGAAAUCCACUUUACAGUGCUAUAAACAGUUUAAUGUGUCCACCAGUCUUGUGGAGAUGCAGUGGACAGUUCCUUUCAGUUCUCUACAGUGCGUGGACACUGUAGAUAUCCAUAAACUUUUAUAUUUGCGAUUUUAUGGUGGACCUUUAGGAGUACUUCAGUUUAAACUAGGUGCCAUUUCAAGAGGACAACUGGGCCCACUUGAGAUCAUCUCGCAGUACCUCCGCUUUGAUGAGCUUGACGAGGCUAUCGGAGUACUCAGCUGUAUGAACUGGGAUACGAAGGCUCAUCAGUGCUACACAUGCAUGAGUGCCAUUGCAAACCAUCUCCUGAGGCAGAAGCUUACUCCUGAGAGAGAAGCCCAGCUAGAGGCAUGCCUUGGAACGUUCUAUUCCCCAGAAAAACCUCUCUUGGACACCACUAUUGUGGAAUAUAGGGACCCAAUAAGUCGUUAUGCACGGAGAUUUUUCCACCAUCUUCUCAGAUAUCAAAGAUUUGAAAAGGCGUUCUUGCUUGCUAUAGAUAUUGGUACACGUGACCUAUUCAUGGACAUCCAUUACCUUGCACUAGAUAAGGGUGAAUUGGCACUCGCUAAAGUGGCAAAGAAAAAGGCAGAGGAAAUAGAUGCAGAAUCAAUAAGCGCUGGAGUUGAUAUGUUGGACAGACUGGAUGAUGUUAAUGAAGGUUUUGCUGACCUUUCUUUGAUGCCACAAGAACAGAGAUUUUCUGAGGGCUUUCCUGCCAUAGACUCAGACACUGAACGCUCCCAACUAAAGAGGGCAACAAGCAGACAAUUAGUUCACAUAGAGAAUGAGAUUGGAAUUGAAGACUUUGCUGAAUCGCUAGAUAAAACACUACCUUGGAAUCAGGGUAUGAAUCGAAAAGUGGACGUUAAAUGCUUUGAGUGA